CACAUGACCAGGCAGGGCUGCUGCCGCUGCUGCAGCUGGUGUUGUCGAGCUGUCAAAGAGGAGCCCGACUGUCACCCACACAGAUACUAUCCGGUUCAUUUGGAAGUACAGCGAGUCGUGUUGAUUAUCACGCGAGUAUUUGUUUGGAUCGUCUCCGGUGUGAUGGAGCCAUCCUUGUGGGGGUUGCACGCCCCGUGACAUGUGGACCGCAGCGAGAACCUCCCACUUUGCACAUCUCUUCUCCCCCGAACUCAGCCCGCCGCUGUCGCCGUCGCCGUCAUGGCCUCCAGUUAUCCGCCCCCCUUCGAGGGCACCGGUGAAGUGAAGGAGGGCUUUCUGUGCCCGCUGUGCCUGAAGGACCUGCAGUCAUUCUACCAACUCCAGGACCACUACGAAGAGGAGCACUCUGGGGACGACCGGCACGUGAGGGGACAACUCAAAAUUUUGGUGCAGAAGGCGAAGAAAGCCAAAGACAAGCUGCUGAAAAGGGACGGAGACGACCGACUGGACACCGGCAGCUAUGAGUCCUUUUACUACGGCGGAGUGGACCCCUACAUGUGGGAGCCUCAGGAACUGGGAGCAACCAGAAGUCACCUGGACUUCUUUAAGAAACACCGGGCGGCUCGGAUCGAUCACUACGUCAUCGAGGUCAACAAGCUCAUCAUUCGACUGGAAAAGCUGACGUCGUUUGACAGAAUCAACUCCGACGCCGCCAAAAUCCGAGCCAUUGAGAAGUCAGUGGUGUCGUGGGUGAACGACUCGGACGUCCCGUUCUGUCCCGACUGCGGAAACAAGUUCAACAUCCGGAACCGGCGGCACCACUGUCGCCUCUGCGGGUCCAUCAUGUGCAGGAAGUGCAUGGAGUUUGUCCCCUUACCUCUGGCUCAAAAGAUGAUUAGCGAUACGCGGGAGGCCCUGUGUGUCCCCGGGAGCCCCAUGCAGUCCCAGUCCCCCCCAGCGGGAGGCGGCGGUGGGAUGGGCUCCAGAAGAGGCAGCAUCAGCAGCCUGAGCAGCGUCACGUCCAUGCUGGAGGAAAAGGACGACGAGAAGAUCCGCUGCUGCCGCCACUGCAUGGACACGCUGCUGAAGAGGCAGCAGAAGCUGGAGGAGAAGGACCACAUGCCGGACGUGGUGAAACUUUACGAGCGGCUGAGGAUGUGCAUGGAGAAGGUGGAUGAAAAGGCUCCGGAAUACAUCCGGAUGGCAGAUUCGUUGAGUGCCGGAGAAACCACGUACAACCUGGACACCGCCGGCGGACUGAGACUGGAGGUGAUGAAGUACUACGAGCUGAUCGACGCCCUGAGUAAGAAGAUUUUGACACUAAGAGCUAAAGACGAUCCACCGCCGCAUCCGAAGGCCCUCCAGCUGCAGAGGAUGAUCCGUUACACGGCCACGCUGUUCGUCCAGGAGAAACUGUUGGGUCUCAUGUCUUUACCCACGAAGGAUAAAUACGAAGAGCUGAAGGAAAAGAGAAAACAGGACCAAGAGAAGAGGCUACAACAGGAGAGACUGGUGUCCCAGGAGACCCUGAAGAAGAGGCAGGAGUCUGAGAAAAACCGUCCGGCCCCCAGUACCAACGGAGAGCUGCCUCGGGCCCCUCGGGCGCCGCACAUGACCAAAGCCGGCGGGUGGUUGCCCUCGGCGGACUCCGUCCACACGCGCGGCGAGCUGGAGGACCCCCUCCUGCAGCAGAUCGAGAACAUACAGUCGUUCCUCCGUCAGGCGCGGGAGGCCAAGAGGAUGGACGAGGUGGCCAUGUUGGAGGAGAACUUGAGCCAGCUGCAGGACGAGUACGACCAGCAGCAGACCAGCCUGGCCAUCGCGCUCUCCCAGAAGCUGGCCCAGGAGGAGAGCCUGCAGCAGGGGGAGCUCGAUCGCCUGGAGGCCCGGGAGAGGGAGGAGAGGGAGGAGAGGGAGGAGAGGGAGGAGAGGGAGCACUGGGGCACCGCCGUGGGCGGCGCUCAGCCGUCCAUCGCCUGGGAGAGGUCUCCGGAUGUCAGUCCGGCGGGCGGCUUCCACGGAGAGGAGGACCCCGACGCCGGGGACCUGACUCCGAAAGCCGAGAGGAGUCCACCCUCCGCCAGAGCGUUCCCUGCUCUCAGGAGCCAGGAGGAGUCUCCUCCCAGGUUGAGGAGCUUAGGGGGGCAUGUGACACCCCCUAGUGGCGAAGGACAGAACAGCGCCUCCCUCAACCCUUUCGACGAGGAGGACGCCACUCCCACUGAGGAGGAUCCGUCCAAUCCCUUCUUCGAGGACAUAAAGAGGGAACACAAAGAGGUCGGCGGAGAGAAGAAAGAGUACAACCCGUUCGACGAAGAGGACGCGGCCGGGGAGGACAAGCGGGCCGAGGCCGUGUCCGGAAACCCCUUUGGAGACACGGACGCGGGCAACCCGUUCCUGGAAGCCUCCGGGAACUCCCCGGGAGUCUCCACCAACCCGUUCGACGGGGACGACGUGGCGGAGGACUUGCCCGACGUGGACAUGAUAGAGGAGGAGCUGCUGCUGCAGCAGAUCGGCAACAUCAGGGCCUACAUCUUUGACGCCAAGCUCAGCGGCCGCCUCGACGAGGUGGAGCUCCUGUCGCUGAACCUCAGGGAGCUCCAGCACACCUUACAAGAGCAGAAGAAAAACAAGCACUGACCCCCCCCCCCCCACCACCACCCCCCACCUGCUACUUACCAAGUCCUGCAAGGCUAGCUCACUUAACAUGACUAAUGAGCCCACUGGUUUUAAUCUGGGCGAGGUCUGCUGCACCACAAAAAAGGAUUUGGCGAGU